GCCAGUACUCGAUGUACUUGCAUCAAGUGCUACGAAUCCCUGUUGCGCCAAUCUGUGCAACGACGAGAAGAGAAAAUGCAAAGAAGAUUUCAACUUUCAGGGUUCGCGGGCAAGGAGGACGAAAGCUUGGAAAUUUAUCUGCAAAGGCCUUAGCAAUUCCAAGGUUUUCGUUUGGGAUGUAGUGGGAAUGGCAGAUUAGGACCAGUAGGGUCCUUCACAAGGCAUAGUCGAAGUGGUGUGCCACGUCCUGAGCAACUGGAAUUCCCGAAGAACUCCGCUAUAGUCGACCCAAUAGCGGGAGGAUGGUCAUUCCACGCUCUGGAUUCUUGGGGGAGAGGUUAUGUCUGGGGCACGAUGGAUGGAGAAGGGUUCGGCCGACAGAGUGAUGGAUUUUCUCGACCUGGGUAAGUUGCAGAGACGCCAUCGCGCCCUGAACUACUUGAACCAGUUCGAACAUGGAGCUGUGGACGCAGGCACUCCAUGGCUAUAGAUGCGAAGAACCAAAUAUGGGCGUUCACCUCUUGGGGAAGGCCCUUUCGACUUCUCACUCCGGCACUAGAUUGUACCUCCCCGGAUUCAACACCAAUACAAGCAGAAUGUGGGUGGGGUACAGAGCUGCUUUGGCUGCCUUUGGAGAUGUCUAUAUUUGGUGGCCACUCGGUGAAUCUAUUCAACAACAGUUGGAAACUUCUAGCUAUCCCCCGCCUUCCUGAAUUAUCGCACACGGGCCGAGUGAUAGAAACGGAGGAAGAAGAUACGAAGGUUGUCAAGAUUGCGGGGAUGGACGGGUUUUUGAUAGCUCUGACAAACAAAGGACACGUCCUGAAGUUCGGUGGCCUGAGCAAUGAGACGUUUGUCCACCAAGCACAAUGGGAAUAUCUUCCAAACUUUAGUGAAACAGAGAAGAUUCGCGCGCACCCCGCGUUUCCUGGCGGGGAGCGAAGGGAAGAUGGGAAACCCGACGCUCUGGCUCCACCGGUAGAUGUACAAAUCACCCACUUUACCAUCGAGCUGACUAUUCAUUGUUCGUACAUUACAGCGCACUUCAACCACUUUGUUGCGUACACAAACGAGGAUAGCUCUAUUGUCCUACAACGCGACACGGGCACAGCGGCGCACGUCAUACCUGAACUGCAAUACAAGGCGAUCAUUUCAGUCGGUCUGGGCGAUUAUUACGGUGUGGCGCUCUCUGCAGAUGGGAAGUCAUACUCAUGGGGUGCGUUCCAAAUGGGUGCACUUGGGCUUGGACAGCCGGAAGAACUACCUGCGGGUGCUCCAGGCGGACGUCCCAGUACCGACAGAGGUCAGAUGCCAUUCAUGCGAUGGGUUAGCAGGAUACCGAGACCACGCGCACCGCGCGGACCCUUCAGAGUUAGAGAUAUAGAAGACGACGAGGAUUUUCUUCAGCUUAACAUUGACAAUGAGAAUGUACGACGGUAA